AUGACACCUACCCAGCCAUCUGCUGCAUCGCCAAAUCUCCAGUAUGCUGCCCAAAAGAAGCCGCCAAUCCCACAUAGACCUUUCUCAGAUCCCAAUCACCUAGCCCCCGAAGAUGCAUUUUACGCGCACUCACCACCUAGAAGACAGCUGCCCAUCGAUCGAUAUAGCGCCCUGGACAGUAUAUCUACUGUGACCGAUGGUCUGAGUAUUAGACCAGCAGGCUCUACUCGACGGAGACGUGGCAAAGAUAGAGCGCGCAGCGGAAGUCGAAGAGGGAGGGGUGUAUGGAAAAAAUUACUAUGGGUCAAGCAGAAGGAUUAUCCCGACAACUACACCGACCCUCCUACCUUCCUGUCCCAUCUUCAACGAAACCCCCGUCUUCGCCCCUACGACUUCUGGCCCCUGGUAGCAGACUCGACCGUCAUCGUCCAGCAUAUUUCUUCCGUCGCCAUCUUCGUCUGCUCCUUCGUUGGCAUCUACCAGCAACGUGUUUCACCAGUCUCGGUCGUCAGUUGGGGCAGCGCUGGCACGGUCCUGGGCUGGGUGCUCUGGGAUUUCUGGGUUGGUCAAGAAGCAGCUUCAAAGAUCAUCGCAGAGCCCCAUAGCAACGGCGAAUCUAUCAACGGCUCCGCGCUGAGCGGCGCUAGCUCUCCCAUCAGCACUACAGCCGCGAUGCCUUCAAACUACAGCCCCAAUUCCUCCACCAUCGGCCUCGGGCUGACCCUUUCGACCAACAAUUUCCCUCGAAAAGGUCAUUCGCACUCACACUCGCAGACUUCAACAUCCUCUGCACCCUCUCCGACCCUCUCCCAUCACCCGUCGAACCCCCAUUUACACACACCUUCGACCACGCCAAGCCAAACACCCCACACUCACUCCCGCCUCGCAACCGCCAAGUCAGCUAUCUUGAUCUACAUCGCACUUCUCGGCCUCUCACCCAUCUUGAAAUCUUUGACGGAAUCCACCACCAGCGACUCCAUCUGGGCAAUGACUUGCUGGCUCAUGUGCAUCAACAUAUUCUUCUUCGACUACAGUGGGGGCGUGGGGGUCAAAUUCCAUGCGUCCCUAAGCACAAAUGCGGCGCUGAUGGCCAGCACAGUGCUGGCAAGCAGGCUUCCCAGCACGACGCACGUUUUCAGCUUAACCCUCUUUAGCAUCGAGGUAUUCGGGCUCUUUCCAGUGUUUAGGAGGUACUUGAGGCAUAUAAGCUGGCGCGGGCAUCUAUUUAUGACAUUAGCAUUGGUCAUGGGCGCUGGAGCGGGUCUGGGGACGGCAUUGAGUGCUAAGCCUCUGUGGCAUGGGGGAUGGAAGAGAGCUAUAGCGGGAGCGCUGAUAUGGUGCGUCGGCAGUGUGGUCGGCAUGGGAGGAUGCAGCUGGUGGUUGAUUGGGUUGCAAAGAUAUAAGAAUGUGGUUAUUGGCCCGUGGGAUCCAGCAAGGCCGGUGAUUAGGGGAGGACAGUGGGAAUAG